AUGAAAUCAUUUCAGGAUGGAAAUGAAGAAACGGGCUUUGUGUUGCCAUCCGGGGCCCAGGAUAGGGGGGCCUGUGGAGCCAUUGCAAAGUUGAAUGACGACCUGGCCGUCGGCAGCACGGCCCCCGAUCCCACAGGGGUUGGCUCUGACGGGGAUAACGGCAAAGUGCAAUGCAAAGACACUGAUCCCUCAAUCCUUGGAGACAGCUACAAAAAAACUUGCAUUUGCUGGUAUGAAAAGAUUCCGGACCAGACGGACAUCUUCGGCAUGCCGAAGUCCGGCGGGUAUGGUUCCAUUGACUUCAUGCCUGCCUCGAGCUAUCUUGAAGACCCGAACUAUACGCCGGAGAAGAUUCAGCCUGCUGCCCCUGGGACCGCAUCUAGUUAG